AUGCGACCGUGCGAUCAUCAAUGCGACCGUGCGAUCAUCAAUGCGACCGUGCGAUCAUCAAUGCGACCGUGCGAUCAUCAAUGCGACCGUGCGAUCAUCAUCGCGACCGUUAUCCUUCCACCUCUUGGAACCUUCGUGAAGAAAAAGGUGGACACGAAUGCUGGGACUGCUAUCGCGUUCUCUUCGCCGCGUCUCACCUUCUCACAGACCCUUCCGCCACGCGAAUCGCAGCAGGAAAUGUCCUGGCAGGCGCAGCAGCAGGAGCCACGAGCCUCGAGCCUCCUAGUCACGUACCUACCCUCUAGACGUCGCGCGCACGCGCCUGGCCACCGAUAUAGGCACGCGCAGGCACUUUGCAGGCAUGCGAUCCGUUAUAGGCACGCGCCAGCAGUUUGCAGGCUUGCGAUCCGUUAUAGCGGCGCUCUGGCGGGCGGAGGGCAUCAGAGGCUUAUAUCGCGGAUUUCCUGCGUCCUGGUUCAUGGGAUUAUCGUGCAUAUGAGUCUGUACUCUGGCGGGUUUGAUAGUGCCAAGCAGCUGCUAUUGAAGGGCCACGGCGGAGCAGCAGCCCUCUAG